AUGUCGUCGAGGUCAGGUCGGAGUUCCCACAGCGGGAAGAAGAGCCGAUCGAGUCAACAAUGCGAGCCCACGAACAUUUCCCUUCCAUCUCAUCUAGACCGUUUCAUUGUUCUAAUCUCCUCCAACCUUGUCCCCCGGCAGUCCUCCAAUGCCCAACUCAUCGAGUCACUACGGACGCACCGUGUCAACACCCUCACGGAGCUGCGGCGCAUUGAAAGAGUGGCGGCGAGCUGCGAAUCCGAGGAAGAGGCCCUGGCGUUCCAGGCGCCCAUGACCAGCGCCUGGUCCUACUAUGUCGGCAACCAGUUCCUCGUCGAGCUGCGCGGGCUCACGCCCAACUACCCCAUGAGCGCCGACGUGGUCGCCGAGGCCGUCCGCCGCGUGCGGAGCGACCCCGGGUCGAAUCGGAGCUGGAACAUGGCGUGGUUGUGCUUGAUCAAGAUACGAGAUGACUGUUCGGAUGUUUCAAGCCAGCGUGUACUCGAGUACAAUCUGCUAACCCCUUCAUCAAUUCAUAGUGGUCUCAUACCGCAUUACUCCAACAACGAGGCUUGGAAAAGGGAGAUGUGGGGAGGACGCGACCCGUCGCAAGAAGAGGCCGACCAGCUAGGUGCGUGCUUUGAAUGGGAAUGGAUGCAGGCAAUUGAAAACAUGCUCCGACAUUGGGCAGAUGGGCCGCCGACUUGGUACUAG